AGCGCGAUGACUUCGGAAUUUUUGAGUUGGGCCUGUUUGGCUAUUAAAUUUUUACCCAGUUGAAGACUUACUGUUUUACUACAGUUUUACACCGUGUUGUCAUUGUUAGUGUUGUGGUCCAUUAAGUUUUUAUCUGGAUUUUUUUCGUGAAAACCGCAAUUCUUGAUCUAAUAAACGAUGGCUGCAUCCUGGCAGUCAAUAUUGGCCAUCGUGCUGUUGAUUGCCGUGUGUUAUGAUGCGGGGGUUUCCGCAGUGGGAGGACCUGGCAAAUAUCUCCGCUAUUUGAAAAGAAUUCCGAUGUACCGCAUGGAAACCGCCCGUCGCACUCUGGCCUCGAUGGGCACGGACCGGGCGGCGUUGGAUGACUACUACAAGCGCUUAGCGGCGCACGAAGCGGCAUCCGGCGAUCGGCAGCGAUACGGCGCCAGCAACGGGCCCAUCCCCAUUCCCGAACGCUUGCAGAAUUAUCUCGAUGCACAGUACUACGGUGAGAUCGGAAUCGGUACCCCAGCGCAGAAUUUUCGCGUGGUUUUCGACACCGGUUCAUCCAAUCUCUGGGUGCCGAGCAAGAAAUGCAGCAUCACCGAUAUCGCUUGCUGGACCCAUCGUCGUUAUGAUCACGACAAGUCCAGCACCUACGCCGUCAACGGCAGCGACUUCGAAAUCCACUACGGUUCGGGCAGUCUCACCGGUUUUCUCAGCACGGACAGCAUUGAAUUCGGCAACGUCACCGUGGCCAACCAGACGUUCGCCGAGGCAACCAAACAACCGGGCAUCGUUUUUGUCGCCGCGAAAUUCGACGGUAUCCUAGGCAUGGGAUAUCCAUCCAUCUCCGUAGACCACGUGAAGCCGGUCUUCAACAACAUGGUCGACCAAAAUCUCGUCCCACAGGCGGUUUUCUCCUUCUAUUUGAACCGUGAUGCCAACUCAAGCAUCGGUGGCGAGAUGAUUUUGGGUGGAAGUGAUCCGGAUUAUUAUGUCGCUCCAUUUGCUUAUUCCAAAGUGACGAAGAAAGGUUACUGGCAGUUCAGAAUGGACAGCAUAGAAAUUGGUGGGAAAUCCUCGGAUGUCUGCAGCGGUGGAUGCGAAGCUAUUGCUGACACCGGAACUUCCUUGCUGGCCGGUCCGACGGACGAAGUGAAACGCAUCAAUGAAGCCAUCGGUGCCAAACCUUUUGUCGGCGGCGAAUAUAUCAUCAACUGCAACGACAUCAGCCGUUUGCCUAAUAUCUCCUUUAUCAUCGGAGGCGCACCCUUCACUCUGCGUGGUCAGGAUUACGUUCUUGUUGUGAGCCAGAUGGGACAGACCAUGUGCCUUAGCGGCUUCAUGGGCAUCGACGUCCCGCCACCCCUGGGCCCAUUGUGGAUCCUGGGUGAUGUGUUCAUUGGGCGCUACUACACCGAAUUCGACAUGGAAAACGACCGUGUUGGCUUCGCCAAGGUGAAAAAUCCCACGUUCCGACGUAGUCGCGUGUAACCCGCUCCGCGCAUCUAAUCUCAAUCACCUCGUCGCUUUCAUUUUGUUUGUUAACUAGCUUUUGUUUCUGUUGCCUUUUUGUUUUCCCGGCUUUCGCUGCAGCUACCAGUACCAUAAUUCUUUUUGUUUCUAAUUUUUAUUAGUUAAAAUAAUUAAUGUUAACGCUUAAUAUCGACGCAACACAAUGUACAUAAACGAUUUGAAAUGCGACACAGAAACCCAAUAAAAUCAACAUCUAUCUAUA